AUGUUUGAACUUUCCUUGACGCGACUCUUAUCAUUAUACGGCUCUGCAUCUUCCCACUUGGGUGCCUGAAAGCGCCGCAUGCGCACUAGGACGCCGCUUGCUUUGAGUUGAAAUGAUGGCCGUCCCGAUGCAGACAGACGAUUUUCCUUAUUUACCUUCGGGCCCUGCGGAAGUAAAUAAGAUGAUACUGGAGCACGGCGACAUGUUUUCUGACUCCCAGUGUAAAGUCUGCAGCGCUGUCCUCAUUUCAGAGUCUCAGAAGUUGACUCAUUACCAGAGCAAGAAGCAUGGCAACAAGGUGCGGCGUUAUCUCUCCAUCAAGAACGAGAAGGAGCCGGCGGUGAAGAAGUUCAAGUCUUCAUCGUCCGAGAGCGAGGACUGUAACAACGGAGACACCGACCGGUCGAAGGCGUGUCGCAUCUGUAACAUGACCUUCUCCUCUCCCGUGGUGGCCGAGUCGCACUACCAGGGCAAAGUCCACGCCAAGAACCUGAGGCUGAAAGCCGUUGGCGCCCAAACUCCAGCAGUAGCCUCCCAGACACCGGCGGCGGCGGCCCCGUCAAAGAAGAAGCCCGUGGACGAUUCGAGCGCCGUGGCGGCGGCGGUGGCCGCGGCCGCGGCGGCGGGCGGAGCGGGCGAGAACAACGACAACCCGGACCGCUUCUGCGGCAUCUGCCAGGCCUCCUUCAACAACCCGCUCAUGGCCCAGCAGCACUACGUGGGCAAGAAGCACCGGAAACAGACGACCAAGCAGAAACUGAUGGAGACGUACGGCCCGUCCACCGCACCAGCCUCCACACUAAAGGGAUACCCGUGCACCGUCUGCAGCAUCGAGCUGAACUCGGUGGAGCAGUACCAGUCUCACAUCAGUGGCGCCAAACAUAAGAACCACGUGAAGAAAUCCAGCCAGAACACCACCGAGAACCCAGACCCCGUAGAAGAAUCGUUCCAGGCUGACGUCCAGUACGCCGCCGGCGAUAACCAGUACGCCGCCGAGGAUAAGCAGUACGCCGCCGAAGAUAACCAGUACGGCGCCGAGGAUAACCAGUACGCCGCCGAGGAUAACCAGUACGCCGCCGAGGAUAACCAGUACGCUCCAGAGAACACGGAGUACUCAGAGGAGAACCAGUUCACUUGAGGUGUUGCCGGUAGAGACGGCAGAGGAUUCGGUCCGGACUUGGAAUGACACAAAACAACCAGCCCCCUUUAACACAUUAACAUCAACCUCCUGCCAGAGUCUCUUCCCAGUAGGCCCCGCCCCCUCCUCCUCCUCUCUUCCCCACCCCCAAACGGUCACAUGGACCCUGAAAUGCCCCAACGUGGUAUUUUAUCAUUUAGUUCCCAACUAAAACGGUUCAAGUUUCCUAAAGGCCCAAACGCACUGAACGCGUCUCAUCCGACACAGAUUAGAAGCAGCGGUAUUUUUAGGAAACGCUUUAUAUCCAGGCAGCCCUUUUUUUGUUCAUAACGGAUACCCUUUAACGCCGCGUCUUUUUAUAUUAUUGAUAUAUAUGAAUCAAAGCUAAAAGUAGAUGACGGGAAAUUGGCUUCACGCCAUCUGCUCCCUUAGAAAAUGUAUCACUCGCUGUGGUGUCAGAGUGAGGCCUCGCUCCCCUCUUAAACCAUCUUUGGUCCGCAAACCCCACAGCGUUUUAUUUUGGCCUGCCAUAGAGUUACAAAUGGAAUUUAUGUUAGUGACAGCUGAUACGACGCGUGUCAUUUCAUAUAGUGGCGUUAUUAAUAUUAUUAUUAUUAAUGGAUUAAAAAAAUUUGAUGAAACGUCCUCAGGGGAGUUAAUAAUCUGUUCCUUUAUUAGGAAAAAACUUUCGUCACUGGCUCCACAAUCAAAACUAAAAGAGAGAAGGCACGUCAAACUGCUUUUGGUGCUUGUUGUGGCCUCUUUUUUUUCUUUUUUUAGCAAAAGGUGUGUCGGAUGCUUUCAGUGCGUUUUGGCCUCAGUGAAACCGAUGUGGUAAAAAGAUGGUCAAACGUCUUCUGUCAGAGACCUGCGUACGGACUGGAAACCACUCUCUCCCUGGCGGUGUACAUUAGGGCUGGGUAUCAUCAAGUCUGUCGACACUUGUUUUCCUGCAAAUCCAACAUUUUGUCUCAACAAGGACUUUGUCAAAAUUAAACGGUAAAAAAAAGCGCAACAUUCUUGUAUUUUUAAGUGAAGAAAACGACAAAUCUGCCGGCUCUCUACACUCUGUGUGCUACUGAGGAUCAACCCAGCCUUAGUGUACAUUCUAGGUGUCCCAUUGACUUUCUUUGGCCCUGAAGUCCAUCCUAGUACUUGUAUUUACCUAAAUAUUGAUUCGAUAACUAUAAUCUGGCACAUUUAAAGUACCUGCUCUAGACUUCUACAUGUUAUUGUUCACAAGUCACUUGAUCCAAAUACGUAUUAAGGCCCUGGUUAAAAGCAAUAAACCUAAAUUAUCCAUUUAAUUUGGAGGAGAAUCUGCUUGAAUUUGAUUAGGCUUGACGCUAACAAUUGAAUCGUUUUAACGAGAAGAUAUCUCACUCUGUUGGAGUUCUGUGUGCAGAACCUCAGAGUACUGAUGAAAAGGAUUAGAUUGUUAUUGGCCGUUAUUUAGCCAAUACCGAUCCAUUAGAUUAUAGAUUCUUAGGAUCCACUCGGGACAUCUGUAUUAUAUACAUGGAGGAAAUAACAGGAGAAUAGUUUAAAGUUUGGAGACAGCAGGGUAUUGUAAUCAUUUAGCCCCCCCAGCUAAUGUCUAACUAAUACUAACACCUAGUACCAGAUCAAAGCAGAGCUGCUUCCCGCUUCCCGUUUCUCGGUCUCCUCCUCACCUGAAUCUAGUUGGUUUGCAUCUCCAGUGAAUGUAUUUAUUGAAACGUCUCCUCUUCCUCUGCUUCCUGCAAGUUUGAGCAUCUCUGAACCUGGCGUUGGAGGCGUUGGCGGCGAUGGCAAAGCGGCGAAAUCGAACUUUGUGCGGCCGGGCGAGACGGGAUAUGGUUUGUAAAAAAAAACUGAUUAGUUGAAUUUGAUGAUAGUUGUUUUCUUUUUAUCCGUUUUUAUAAAAAAUAUAUUAUUUCUCUUGUUGUUAAAUUCCAAAAAGGCUGACUGACUAUCUCCAGAGCCUUUCCGUGGAAAUGGUACUUGUUCUGCGUAAACGAUUCAGUACCAGAUUGUGAUUUCCUUUUUUAAAGUUCAGUCUGGACAGAGCUGAUAUUUAAAUAAUUCGUUAUUGACUUAUUCUUGUUUGCAGAUUUACUGCAAAACAAACCAAUUUGAUUAAGAUGAAUUUCAUCACGCAUUCCCGUGAGACAUCACAUUUGCAUAUCUGUAGGUUGCAUGAGUGAGUACAUGGUUUUAUCGGAGACUCGUCGUUAAUGCAGCUAAACGGGUUGUCGUGAUCUCGGAGAGCCUCAACUGAAAAACGUACCAGAAUUUGUCAACAACAACAAGACUUUUGUAAAGGUUGAUGUCAUUUUAUAAAAGAGUCUGGAGGGUGUUGGAGAGAUGGAAGGGAUUAUAAUGAAAAACAUAUUGUCCUCAAGUGCAGUGGAUCUGUAACAGCUGUGAGCUUAAAGCAUAAGCUUCUUUUUUUUUUUGUACCGUUGAGUUUUGGUUUACUGAGAUUUUUAAAUACUUUCCUUCUGAGUUCCGGGCUUCGUAAACUCUAGAAGAGGCCGAUAGAUGCUUUCUGAGCUCUGUAAUAAUUACUGUCAAUAGCAGAGAUUUUCAACAGUGAUGUCAAAUUAGAAAGUGAUGUCAAUAUUAGAAUGUUUGUUUCAUUUAUUUCUUGUUCAUUUGUUCUCAUAUAAAACAGUCGGUUGAAUAUUUCAGUAUUGAAUGUCUUCAACCAUGUUGUUGUUGUUUUUUUCAAAGAGGGCUCCUACAUACUGUAUCGUUCAUGGUGUAUAGAAGACAAAUGGCCUUUUUGUUUUGUUUUGUUUUCACCCUCAGCCUUUGUGUGUUUUGUGAUUUAAGAAUUAUUUUCAAUACAUGUUGUGUAUAACUGAGGGAGACAAAAAAUGCAUCAAAAGAUGUGCAUAAAGUGCAGACAUGUUUUAAGAGAGUUGUUUCUUUGUUUGCCUUUUAAUAAUGCACACAGCUCUGCUUUUUAUUCCAGUUUGUACAAUCCUCAAUUCCUUUCCUUGCCUCCUCUCGCGUUUUAGUCCCACUUAAUUAAGAGGUUGGGCGGAGGAGGACGGGCAGCUAACAAAAUGAGACCUCCUUGCUUUGGAGCAGUCGCUUUAAAGCAAUGUUAAUUAAAUAUGACGUAUAGCA